AUGUUUACCUAUGUUUUAUGUGGAGAAGGCGAGAGUUUUCCUGAGUCAUUUGGCGAUAUUUUUGCCCGUGUAGAAUUUGGGAAUACUUGGGCUAAGCAUAGAAAUGCUUCGAGACUGUUUAGUUUAGAUGAUUUUGUCUUUGAAAACCAAUUCAGGGCUCAAAGAGGGUGGAUCCUCUUUCUGUCUCGUCCGGCAUCUUGCUAUGAGCGACUGGAAGGCCAUAUUUUCUGUGCUUUACAAAUGUUGUUAAUGAAUUCAUUGCAAAAUUCUGUAGCUUUCGCCAAGAGCAAUUCUCCGUGUGUUUCCAGCAAUAAAGUUGCGGUUUUAAGCCCUAACUAAAGACUUUCAUCUACUUUUCAUUCGCCUCAAGGAUCUAAUCAUUAAAAAGCACUUGAAAUUUCGGGCGGACCUUCACCUAUUCCAAAAACGUUUUGUGAUUCGCUGGGAAAACAAUAGGGAUGGUGACAUAACAAUACCCCUAUCCCUGAAAACAAUAGGUAGUGCAGGUUAUAGGGACCAAUGAAAUGAGAGGUUUGGAUGGGUGCAGGUCAAUCGGAAAUUUUUGUAGGUGUCUUUUUGCAAAUCCAGACAGACAUUUUAGCUCAACUGGAGACAUGAUCGUAUGCCAAGUGUACUAGGCACAUUCACAUUCCUUUCUCCAAAAAAGCUCUUUCCAUAAAAGAAGAGGAAACACCCUUUAUCCAUGGGGGAAAAUGCGACUCAAUUCAUCUGAUUGGUUCAUUACUUAUCUGGAAAACCAUCUCAGUUACGACAGGAAGUGUCUUGCGCUUCACCAAUAAAGAAUGUAAAUCGCUUCAUGCAAAAGAUAAUUCUUGUCAAUUGCUGCAUUUUAUACUCUUUGAUUGUCACCAAGUCUAUCAGUUUAUUUUUACUUUUCCCUCAGACACUGAUGACUGUUAUCCAAAGCCGUGUCUAAACAACGGAACAUGUACAGACGGAGUGAAUGACUACAACUGCACAUGCGUGCCUGGCUUUGUAGGGAAGAACUGCUCAAAUAGUAAGUCUUUCAAAAUCAAGUCUUAGUAUUGAGAUUAACGGAUUUGUGAACAGAGAAUGGUAAUCAUAUUCCAAGUAAACCUGCGCACUACCUCGGUCGUUCCUUCUGGAAAAGUAAUUUUGCAUAAAUUACAGGUAUGAAGUUUCCUUACCACUUUUUCAACUUAAAAAAAACUAUCCCUCUAUACACAGAAAAAGGCAAAUCAAUACAUAUGCCUUGGCCAUUACUUACAAGAUUGGUUACCAAAAAAUUUCGCUUCUGGAGUGCCAAUGUGAAAAAAAAAAUGAAAAACUGAAUCCCCUCCCCUUUCCAUGUAUAGAUUUAGAUAUUUUAUUGUCGUCAAUCCUUACCAUGUCCUUUUUUUUCUUCAGACACUGAUGACUGUUAUCCAAACCCGUGUCUUAACAAUGGGACUUGCAUAGACGGAGUCAAUGACUACAAUUGCACAUGCGUGCCUGGUUUUGUAGGGAAGAACUGCUCUAAU